UUUAUAUAUAUAUUUUUUUCUUUUGGCGGAAAUUUCCUCCUUUUUCUUCCUUCAUUAUACAGCGUCGAUUUUUAGAGCUGACAAUUUUGGGCCACGUGACAAAGUUUGGACCCCACUGACUACACAUGAGGACGGGCUGAGUAAAGCGGCGGCGGCGGCUCGCUGCAGCUGCAGGACGGCAGGUGGCACCGCUGCGCCGCUCCUGCGGACCGCUCUUGGCUCGGAGACGCGUCCACGUUGUUCACACUGCCUGCUUUCGCUCCACUUCCCCUCUUCAGCGUCCCACCCUCACUCUCUGCCUCUCCAGCUUCCAGUGUGCACCUAUCCGUCUCCCACAGGCAUCCGCUGCCUCUUCCAUCAAUCUCCGCGCUCCUACGGCGCACAGAAAGCAAACCAGCACGGCAAAGGCGAUGGGAACUCUGCGCCCGGAACGAGCGGUCUCCGCUGCGAGCCUCUGCAUCUUCCUGCUGACCGCCGCGGCGGUGUGGACGGCGCUGCCCGGAGCCGUGCAGGGGAAGAGCGGGUCUUUUAGCCCGCGCGGCGGCAGCAAGGAGGAUCGGACGUUUGACGCGGGCGGCGGCGGCGGGGAGCCCCGCGCCCGGAGAGCCGCGUCCUGGGAUAAACGGAUGUCCCUGCUCAGCAGCUCGUUUGUGCUGAAAGGAGAUGCGACGCACAACCAGGCGAUGGUCCACUGGACGGGAGAGAACAGCAGCGUCAUCCUGAUCCUGACCAAGUAUUACCACGCCGACUCAACCAAGGUGUUGGAGAGUUCGUUGUGGAGGUCCACUGAUUACGGGACGACCUACACCAAACUCAACCUGAUCCCGGGGACAACCAUCGUGGUGACCAGUUUCUACAUCUGUCCAACCAACAAGAAGAAGGUGGUCAUGGUGGGCUCAUCCAUCAACGAACGAGACCAGAUGCUCUUCAUCAGCACAGAUGAGGGCUCCUCCUUCCAACGGCAGGCGGUCGCCUUCACACCAGAGACCGUCAUCUUCCACCCGAAGGAGGAAGACAAGCUGCUGGUGUACUGCAAGGAUGGACGGCUCUUCGCUUCAACCGAUCUGGGCCGCAAGUGGACUUUACUUCAAGAGAGGGUGACCAAGGACAGAGUCUACUGGUCUGUGUCUGGUGUGGAUUUGGAUCCUGAUCUGGUGCACAUGGAAAUGCAAGACUCGAGUGGAGGUCACCUCUACGUUACCUGCCUCAUCCAGAACUGUUCGGACAAAAUGCUGACCGCCCAGUUUCUGGGUAGAAUUGAUCACAAUUCGCUGCUGGUGCAAGACGACUACAUAUUUGUAAAGGUCACAACAGGUAAUCGCACCAAGCACUAUGUGUCCUAUCGGCGCAAUGAGUUCGUCCAGAUGAGAUUUCCCAAGUACGCCUUGCCGAAGGACGUUCAGAUAGUGAGCACAGACGAGAGCCAGGUGUUCCUGGCCCUCCAGGAGUGGUACCAGUCAGACACGUACAACCUGUACCAGUCGGACUCGCAGGGCGUCUAUUACUCCAUGAUCCUGGAGAACAUCCGCAGCACCAAGCAGCCGGAGGAGAGCGUCCUCAUCGACAUCCUGGAGGUGCGUGGGGUGAAAGGCGUCUUCCUUGCCAAUCAGAAGGUCGACGGAAAAGUGAUGACUCUCAUCACCUUCAACAAGGGGCGGACCUGGGAACCCCUGGCCCCGCCCGCCACGGACAUGAACGGCAAGCCGGUCAGCUGCAAAGUCCCGGAUUGCCACCUCCACCUCCACCUGCGCUGGGCCGACAACCCCUACGUCUCUGGCACCGUCCACACUAAAGACUCGGCACCGGGCCUCAUCAUGGGCGCUGGUAACCUUGGCUCCAAACUCGUCGAGUAUAAGGAGGAGAUGUACAUCACUUCAGACUGUGGGAAGACAUGGAGACAGGUGUUUGAAGAGGAGCAUCACAUCCUGUAUCUGGACCAUGGUGGAGUCAUUGUUGCCAUCAAGGACACUUCUAUUCCCCUCAAGAUACUGAAGUUCAGCAUUGACGAAGGCAGAACCUGGAACAUUCACAACUUCACCAGCACGUCUGUGUUCGUCGACGGACUCCUGAGCGAACCAGGAGACGAAACUCUGGUUAUGACUGUGUUUGGCCACAUCAGCUACAGGUCGGACUGGGAGCUGGUCAAAGUGGACUUCAGGCAGUCUUUCCCCAGUCAAUGCACUGAGUCGGAUUACGAGUCUUGGCAGCUCACAGACCUGCAGGGGGAAAAGUGCAUUAUGGGACGAGAGCGGACCUUCAGGAAGCGGAAGGACAGCGCGUUCUGCGUGAAAGGAAAGAGCUACACCUCGGCUCUCGCCUCCACGCCCUGCCAGUGCACCGACGGCGACUUCAUCUGUGAUUACGGCUUUGAGCGCUCCUACACGGAGGGUGAUCGAUGCUUCCCGGACUUCUGGUUUGAUCCUGAGUCUCCUCCAGAGAGCUGCCACCUCGGACAAAGCUACCAGUCUAGCACUGGCUACAGGAAGGUGAUAUCGAACUCUUGCGAGGGAGGCCUCGACAAACAGCAGAGCGCCAAACAGCACAGCUGCCCUCUGUUGCCCCCUAAAGGACUGAAGGUCGCCAUUAAAGGUCAAAUGCUGGCCGUGGCCCCUGGCGAUGACAUCACGUUCAUUGUCCACCAGGAGCAGGGCGACACGAGCAGCACCAGGUACCAGGUGGACCUCGGCGACGGCGUUCGAACCAUUUACCAGAACCUGACGGUGACCGACGAGCCCAUCCAGCACCGCUACGAAAAGCCCGGCGUUUACAAGGUGACUGUGAAGGCGGAGAACCUGGCGGGACACGACGAAGCCACCAUGUACAUCCAGGUCACAGAGCCUCUGCAGGAAGUUCACCUGGAAGCAGUUCCCAUCGCCAGGAGAAACCAUGAAGUCAACCUGACGGCCAUAGUUCUUCCCACUGCAGCCAACCUGACCGUCUUCUACUGGUGGCUCGGCGACGGCCCAAAGCCCAAACUGACCCUCCAGAACAGCCUUUUGACCCGUUUCCCCGAGAGCGGAGAGGUUUCCGUCACCGUCCAGGCGUCCAACGGCCGAUCCAUGGUGCAGGACACAAAGAUCGUCAGAGUCUAUGACAACUUUCAAGUCAUCCCGCUGAGCUUCAGCAGGAACCUGGACCGUUUCAACCCCAACAUCCCGGAGUGGAGGCACGACGUGGGCCAGGUGGUCACCAAGCUCCUAGCCAAGACCACAGGCGUGCCUCAGGACUCUCUGGUUACCGUGGUGAACCCGGGCCUCCCCACGACGGCCGACCUGUACGUGUUGCCGCUGGACUCCAAACCGGCCAAGGGCAGUAUAUUAGUAGACAAGCGUAUCCCGGCGGUGGUUCAAGCGGUCAGCGACAAGAACAUCAGCUUCAUGGUCCGAGGAGGUCUGCGGGUGUUGGUGAUGUUGGCCGACCCAAACGCAGGCUACCACGGAGCAGCUGGAGGUCCAGGUGUUUGGGCGCUGGCUGUCAUAUUCCUAAUAAGCGUCAUUGGCACUGGCUCGUUCAUUCUGUACAAGUUCAAAAGUCCUUGGCCUAGGACUGAGGACCCCUAUCCUCCACUGUUUUUCAGAAAGCUCCCGGGCAACCGCAACAUCUACGCCCAGAUGCACAACGAGAAGGAGCAGGAGAUGACCAGCCCCGUCAACCACAGCGAGGACACGCAGCACAUCAUCCAGGGCGAGGAGUUCAUCGACGACGACCUGGACUCGCAGACUCUAGGUAACACGGGAGGCAGCCCCGCCUUCCGUUCUCUUAUAAGGACUACCACUAACCACUGCUACUAAAACAGCCAGGCCACUAACUCCAGCAGCUAACACACACCAAGGCAACCACUCAGGUGUGAUCCUGAGCAUCAACUCCAGAGAAUUACACGGUUACCUGAGCAGCUGAUGGCUGACGGGGCAACGCUGACGGGCUAGCCCAGCCUAGCCGAGCCAGCUAACAAGCACAGGGACUCUGACUUCCUCUGUCUCUCUCUCUCUCAUUUAUUUUUUUUUCAUCCACGUUGGAAUCAUCAGAUCUACCCGACAGCCUCUUCCAACUCAACUUUUUGGUGAUCUGCUUGAAGUUUUUUUUUUUUUUUUUUUUUUUUUUUUAUUCCACGUCCCUUUCGUCUCCUUUUCAGUUCAUCUCAACUCUGAAGAAGUGUUUAAGGUUCAUCUGUUAUUUUGUGUCUCAGUGCUUCAAAAGUGUGCUGAAGUAGCACAACUUCCUUUACUAGAUUUAACUGAUAAGACGGUUGAUCAGUGCAGGCCAACAGCGACUGAAAUCAGGCCUCGCAAAAGUAUCACCUUUACCUAGACCUUUAUUAUUCAUAUUUGUCAUGUUACAGCCAUGAACUUCAGUGUAUUUUAUGACACAAAGUAGCGCAUAUCCUCCUGACUACCAUGAAAUAAAGAGUUGUUUUUUGUUUUCCUUUCCAAAUUGUGUGGAAAUUUGAACAAAUCGAUUAUUUGUGAAGCCACAUUUUUCUGCAAAGAUGCAUGGAGAACAUCUGUGAAAAGAAAAGCUUCUCCGUUUGACUUAAAUCAUUUCUUGGAUUAGGCCACUCUUAACGUUUCUGUAAACCGUUCCUUUGUAGCUUCAGCGGUAAGAAGAACGUCUUUCCUAAUGUCGCAGGCUGUUUUCGAAGCCUAGGAUUUUCUUGUCAUUGUUUUUAUCUGCUCCAGUCUUUCCCUUCGCAGCAUCCCCCGCAGCAUGAUGCUGCCACCACUAUGAUCAGAGCGAUGUCUUGUAGCGUUUUGCGUGCAUGCGAGAAAGCUCAACUCAGGUUUCCCUUUUGAGUUUUAUUUUGCUCGAACCAUAGACAGAAUUUGGACAAGAAUUGUGUCAACAAAAUACUUCAACGUGAUAGUAACACGAUUUGUGUUAAAUUUUUCUCAUUGAACAAAAUGCAGAAAAUACAAAAAAUAUUGUCUGAGAACAAAUCAAAACAAAAUUUGCGGUAGAAAUCCAAAAAUAAAGCAAAAUUUCAAGAGAAAAUCUGAAACCAGAAGGAUAAAUCUUACAAGUAUUCACACCUCUACUGAACAAACAUGAAGUUUUUUCCUUCUACUUCACAUUACGCGACAAUUUAAAUUGGUGUAUUAAUAAUACAUUGAAGUUUGUGGUUGUAAUGUGUCCAAAUAUAGAGCUUUGAAGGGGUACAAAUACUUUUCCGAGGCACUGUGUGGUUGUGCUUGAGCCUUGUUGGGGUAGUGAUGUUAAAUGAAAGAUGAGCCAGCUUUUUAGUCCUUUACUUACUUUACUUCUCCCCCAAAGUUAGCACUCCUCUCUUUUUGCAAGGCAAUAAUAAUCUCAAUGGAAUGUACAGUAUAAUAAAACCCUUGUGAACUUGCAUCUGAAGGGAAUAAGCAUGCAAACACAAGAGGGCGGUGUUGCACUUUCUUGGAAUUUCCACUCACAGGUACUUCUCACCUCCUUGGGACUAUUACACCGUUACGUCCACAUAGCUUUGAUCUGUUUUUUUCCCCCGUUUUCUAAGUCACCAUCGUUCCAGAUCCUUGUUUAAAAUCGUAUGAAUAUCAAUGUGCGGUGUUUCAAGUGAGUGUCAGCUCUCGUCUGUCCCAUGGUGCCUAAGACGGCAGACUUAGAUCUGCUCUGUGACAUUUCUCUAGUUAUCAUGUUAUUUGUGUUUUAACUCCCCCGCGGUCUCAGGAGGUGUUUGUGGUUCCCGAAACCACGCACACACACACACACACACACACACACACACACACACACACACACACACACACACACACACACAAAAAGAAAUGAACCUCGUAAAAAGGUCACGGGCGGAAUCGCCGCACAGGGUAAGAAGCUCUUGGCUUCUUAAUGGGCCCCAUUUCUGACCGCGGGAGGGUUAAAAAUGAAAAGAAGUAGAAGAAGAAGAAAAAGAAUGGCCCUUUCUGUUCCUCCUCCUUACAUGUUGUGGGUCGGAGCGGACUCUGUCCCCUGGAGACGAAGGUUGCGACAUGAGGAGAAAGGAGGUAUGUCGAUGUAUUCUGUAUCAGCCUAUAUUAGGCGUAGCCCACGGUGAAAUCUUGUCUCUUUAAAGGUUUGCUUUUGUCGUAUGUAAAUGUGUAAAUAUGAACAGCGUUUUCCAAUUUGUACAUAUUCCCAUCAACGUGUGUGUUUGCGUUUUACACGUCCACCAAAAUAAAUCUUUUUUUUAAUUAUUUUUUAUUAUUUUCCUUCUGCAUUGAUUCGCCAAAUGGCUUUCCUAACGACGAUAUCAAAAAAAACAACAACAAAAAAAGUUUCCGGUUUCAUUAUCAUCGCUUGCUUUCCAUGUAUCCAUUUUUAAUAUGACUGUUUUCCGAGCAGGAAUAAUUCACACGUACCGCCAACUGGAAGUGAGACUGUCAUCUCCAAAAGACGCAGACAGCUACUGCAUACAGCAAUUAUUAUGUAUAUGGAUAUUUUUGAUACACAAGUUCAUUUUCUUUUUCUGUUGACCUCUCGCUGAUGACUUUUUGUGCGAUUGAUUGCACUAACCGGUUUACGAAGUAUGUCACGGUCCAACAUCUGAAGGCUUUUGCAGACCACCGACAACCAGCAGCAGCUGCGUUUCCACCGAGCUUAAAAUUUUGAAUUCGAAAAAUAAAUUCGCUCAAUGGAAACUCGCCAGUUUAGAGAAAGACAAAAAGCUAGGAUGAGGUGGUCUUUUGACCAAACCAUGAAAAAUAUUAUUUCCCAAAACUGCAUUUGAAACAUGUUUCUACCCGUCACAUGAGUCAUGUGAUCAACAACCGGAUGUGACAACUGAUGGAAAAGACGAAGAAGUGGUGGAAGGAUGAUGGCACAGAAUGUUUUUCUUUUUUUUUAAAGAAACAAACUUAAUUUAAACUUCUUUCUUAUUUAACGGAAAACCCAAAAUUGUGAAAUUGUGUGUGUGUGUGUUUUUUUUUAAAGACAUUAGCUAACAUUAGGUUUUGCGCACAUCCGUUAUGGAAACGCAGCUCCUGUUGUCACGACCACUCUUGGGGUUUAUCACAUACUGAAUACGGCACAUUAUAUUCGCUUGUUUACACCUUAGAUCAUCUUUUGUACAUAUUCUGCUCAUGUUCCAGUUAGUUUUCGUAGUGAUGUGUCGUCAUUGUAUCAAUGUUCCUUUGAGCAAGAAGGGGGAACGUGAGGGAUUGUGGUAUUCCACUGUAUUAGUCCAGUGAGUUUCACGGAUGAUGACACUGACGUUGUGAUUUGUACCACGCUGCUUUUCCUUUGGUUUCUAUUCGCUGGUUUGUUUGAUCUCUUCGUUUGUGUGCUGUCUCUUCAGGAAGCGUAAUGCACUGAACCUGCAUCCUGAAUUAAAUCACUCCCAUAACUUGUA